AUGACUGCUCGACUGUUUGUUCUUUCUAUAACGUCCUGCCUUGUGUCUCAGGGAUUGCAAGUCAAGGGCCGACAAAAGAUCAGUCCAUGGGAUUUAAUAGAAGGACAUAAAAAUCCUGCUCCGAUGUUGUUCUCCUGGUUUGGUGCUGUAAGACUUGAACGUAAACCUCUACCCUACCAAACAGACUUGCCGCGUGCUCAUUAUCAUAAUUUUGCAAAACGCAAACCGUUAAGUUAUUAUCUUAAUCCUCCUGAUGACUCUGAUGACGACAGCAUGGAUUUACCUCCUGGAGUAAGAUCUCCUGGAAAACUACAGAAUACUCUCGAACCAAAAGGUAAAUAAUUAUACAUUGGCUAACCAGGCCUUAAAAUAUCGGUCGGUCACGGACAUUGUCCGACCCAUUCGUGAAAUUGUCCGACGUAGAGAGGAAACCGCCGGACAUUCUGUCCGACCUAAGUGAAACUGGGGUUUAUUGUUUGUCCGACCUGAGUGUAUUGGUGUCAGACCAAACUGUAGCUUUGUCCAACGUAAAUCGAUCAAAAUGUACCCUAUCCCAGGACUAGAGGCUUGCAUGUUAAGUGGAAAAUAAGAGUACUAUUGUAUAAAAGGUGAACUGGAAAUGUUGUUUAACGUACUCGAAAACAGGCUCGUAGUCUUUUUUAAUACUGCUGUUCUGGAAAGCGAGUUAAUUUUGGCUUGGAAAUAAGUAUGACUUCACAACAUUUACCGUUCAAUAUUAAUACAUUGUGCUGAUAUUCAUUUGUGCCAUUCAGACUCAUGACAUCGGACAUAUGUCCGACCCAAACUAAACGUCAUCGGACAUUUUGUCAGACGGCCCUGUAAAAGAUAUUUUAAGGCCUGCUGGCUAACUACAGAAACUGCAGAUUUGCUGAGGUUCUGAACCUUUUCUAAGGGCCUGUUCAAAUGAAGCAAUGCAAACACAGCAAAUAUUCAUACCACUUGAUCUUCGUAGGCCAGCUCUUUUCCUCAAAAUGAACGCGAUGUAUUUUUUUAUAGUAAAAUUAGUAGGAGGCGCGAUCAAGUAGGUAUAAGCGGGAAACCGGGUAGUCGCGUACACGAAGACGAGGCUCUAUAGCCAAAGUGACGUAGGUUUACCUCGCCUAGAUUGAGGCGAAGCGAUAAGUUUACCAAAUGUUAAAUAUGAAAAAAGUGGCUUUCCAUAUAAAUGUUCUGAAAUUACCUCACCAUAACUUUGGUGAUUAUGUAGGUUCAGGGAGACCUUAUAACUCGAUGAUUAACCUAAAUGAAGCCGUGAAACGCGAGAGGUUGGAUUCGUGUCAACUAGGACUAGACGCGCAGAUAAAUGAUGAUCAAUCUAAACCGAAGCGGCCGAAGAAAAUGGUGAGACCAUCACCGCAACUACAUCAACAACCACAGCAUUUACAACAACAGCAGCAACAACAACAGCAACAACAACAACAACAAAUACACCAACAACAACUGCACCAACAACAACUGCACCAACAACAACAGCUACAACAACAACAACAACAACAACAACAACAACAACAACAACAGCAGCAGCAGCAACAACAGCAACAACUACAUCUACAACAGCAGCAACAAGUGAUGACUUUGCAACAACAACUACAAAAUAAACAACAGCAAAAUAAGCAGCAGCAGAAUCUUGUCAAAUUAAAUCCUCAAGUUGUUCCACAAUCGGACCGUCCUUACUCAUCGCACAAUCCAGUACAAUCACAAAUUGAUGUUCGAAGGUAAGCGCUCAUGACGAUUUGCUCGUACAUAGGCUAUAGUAUUCGUCAUUUAACUCGAUCUUGACAAUAACAAUUUAUUGAUUUCGUCUUUAUACACAGGCCUCCAAGACAAAAAGGGGGCCAGUUUUCAGGUGUUGCGCAAGUAAUGUUAUUACCAAAAUCUCAGGGAGAAAUUCUACAACCUCAACGCCCUGAUCUUUCCGCUCUAUAUUCAAACAGAGGUCAAACGAAGAAACAAAUUGCCCCAAAUAUGAAAACGAAACGAAGAACUGUAGGUGGUUCUACAAUGCAUGUAAGUAUAAAGCAUUCUUCACAUUCUAAUUUUUAUAAGUAAUAGCAUGGCAUUCAGGGCGAUUAGUGAUUAAAUGUACCCGAAAGCCGAGAGAGGUUUAGCAGGGCUCGAAAUAACGGCCGAUCAACGAUCAAUGAUCGGCAGGAAAUUGUUUUUGAUCGGUGAAGAAUCAACGUUGCCGUUCACCUUGAUCGGCAAGAAAUAUAUUUGAGCAUUGUCUAAAAGACAUGCUUACCUGUACACGGUAAAAGACAAAUAAAAGUAAACAUAAAACACAUUUAAAAACACGCGAAAAGCUCUUGUAUAGUUGAUACGAGUCAUACGACAGGAAAGGCAGCAAUACUAUUCUCGCUCUAAAGUAAUUAAUUUACUUUUAUUAAAACAAAUUUACACGAAAUAUUGUCGUCUUUUCAACAGUGCAGUCUGCAAUCCGAACCGCUGACGACGAACGUAUCUUUGUACCGGGUGGCGCAAAAAAAAGUAUAACUGUUUGAUUACAUAUAGCUCAAAGACCAUAAGCAGUAGAACCCAAAAUCGAGUUUCAUUGCAUCCAGCGAUGUCUAACCUAAAUUUUGGUAUAUUCGACAGGCAUUUUCGUCCAAGAUUGACUGAGAUAUGAGUGUUUAAACUUUUGUUAGCAAAUUUGAAACGGUCACAAAUUAGCUAAAAACGGCCUAUUAAACUGAUUUUAUAACCGCAUCACCAUUAUAAUUUUAAAGGUUUUUUAACAAACGUAGUUGAAGUGCAAAUUGCAUCUUCCUUGUAACAGAGAUGCUUUCUCGUUUUUGUUUGCUGUUCGGCAACAGAAAAAUUAAGCUGCAAGGCAAGGUUGAUUAAAAGUUUCCUUCUAAAUUUUAAUUCGACGUCCCAAGGGAAUUAACUGAAUUCUAAAAUGCGAAUGUCUCCUCGUGUGCUUCUAAGUAAUAAUUAUGCCUCGUUUAACGAAGGACCAAAGAGUUUGGGUUUCUUUGGAAUAUGGAAGGGUAAAUAAUGCUCAAGAAGUUAGACAGCGAUGGGCCGGUCGUCGGGGUAACGUCCCUGCCCCUACUGUACGAACAGUGCUAAGAACCUUACAAAAGUUUGUGCGAGAGGGAACAUGUCUCAAUCUUAACCAAGGAAGAAGUGGUCGACGAAGAACCGCAAGAACGGCAGCAAACAUAGAAUUCGUUCGACAAUCACUAUUAGAAAAUGGCCAAAGAUCAUCGAGGCGAAAUGGUUUGGGAUUGAGCCGUCGCACAUUCCAGCGAAUUGUUCAACUGGAUAUCAAAUUUCAUCCAUACGUACUGAUACGCAGGCAAAAGCUGCGUGAAGGCGAUCCAGCACAACGAUUAGCUUUUUGCCACCGACUUGUAAAUACCGUAGAAGGGAGACCAGAUUUUCUUGAUCACUUAAUAGUAUCAGAUGAAGCAGUGUUCAGCUUAAAUUCUGAAGUAAACACAAGGAACACAAGAAUGUAUGCGGCUUAUGGCAAUGGGCACCCGCCUGAUCAUGUGGAAUUUCUUCAAGGUUCAAACCAUUUAAAUCAUGGUGUGG